CUCGGCCACCGAUGCACAUCGUCUAUUUUCUAUUCCUGUAGUGGCAGCAGGACCCUAUCCCGCUUUUAUAUUAAUUACUCUUUAGCCUGUUCUCCGUUUCCUCCUAUCAUUCCUUCGCGUUAUUCAACGUUAUACUCCAAGCAAUAUGCGAUCCAAAAAGGCCUGAUUACAGGCUUAUAUAUGGUAUACAUGAUGUGCGAUGUUUGCUAACCCGAACACACCCGCAGGACAAGAAUACUUGUAGACAACAUUGUACACAUCAAAGAAUGAGGUCCUUUCCAAUUCUUUCGCUCUGCUUCGGCAUUGCAAUCGCAUCUUCGCAAGUCCGCAAGCACGAAAUAUGCACCGUCGAAUCGCUCAACGACCCCCUCGCUGACGACGUGCCCGCCAUCACCGCCGCGCUCAAGAAAUGCGGUCAAACGGGCCGAAUCCUCUUCCCUGCAAACCAAACCUUCUCCAUCCGCUCGCCGUUCGACCUCUCCCCUUGCCAAGCCUGCGACUUCCAGAUAAACGGCGUCCUCAGCAUAUCUCGUGAUUGGGAUUACUGGGAGAAGCAGGCUGCGGUCAUCAACAUUCCGAGGACUACUGCGGCUAUUAUCCGGACCGACGGUAAUACCGGAGUCAUUGACGCCAAUCGAUUUGGAUGGGCUGGGGACGAGAGUCUCCUGGAGAGGAUUCCCAAGCUAUUCAGCAUCAGCGACGAAAGUUACAAUAUCUACAUUCGAAAUCUCAAAAUCAGGAAUGUUCCGGGCAUAGUCUUCUAUGUCAAUUCGAAUAGCUCAUCUGUCCACUUGGACGACAUCGACAUCGCAGAUGCGGCCACUACGGGGCUGCUGGUCGAGCAAGCGAAACAUGUGUACGUCUGGAACAACACGAUUCGGGCUACCGGGAGCUGCGUCACUAUCCUGCCAAACUCAACCAAUGUUCAAUUCGAGGAGUCCACAUGCAUCACGACUGGAACUACCACCACCACACCCAGCGGCAUCUGGCUCCGGUUUAUGGCUGGGUCCGGCCUUGACUGGAUCCACAAUGUCUUUGUGAAAAAUGUGAAAGCCAUUGGGGGUAUGAAAGUCAUCUCUCUAGCUGCAGAUCCGGGAGAGAACACAGCGCAUCCUAUCGAGAUCAAAAAUGUUACUUUCACUGGCAUUACCAUCGAAGGGCCGGCGGAGGAAGCAGUGUACGUGGAAGAGGGUCAAGGCCCUCUCUACGCCACAGAAAUCACAUUUCGAGACUUUGAGGGUGAUGUGCAGAAGGAGAGCGACUUGAGAUGCGGCAGUUCGGCUUCUCAAUGCGAGUUCAGCAGAGAAGAUUGGAACAUCACCGUUCAGGGCUGAGGAUGGUCGAACACCAAUCGCGCUAUUGUUCUUUCCACCCACUCCUCAUGAGGCUCAGUAUCUUCAUUCACCAAAUCUCGACUUCUUGAGUCUUUUCACUACAUAACUUCUUUGCCUUUCCAUUUCUCCCAACGUCAUCGGCCAAAUAUGCAACAUGCUACGAACGCUUUCACUCAACUGCCCGAAUCUGCAGUCACCGUCGGGAAAUUUUCGUCCCGCGGUUCGCCUAUUUACUGUUAUCCUGCUCGUCGACACCUCCAGAGACAACCUCAAAAGCACACGC